AGCAAAGUUUCAGCACAUCGCACUAAACUUCAUAAGCGAAUACCCUUCCUCGAAAAAAGACACUCGGUCCAUCCACCAGAUCUCAACAAUCCAUGAUAUCUCUCUCUCUUUCAUCCUGCCCUUCACCUCCUCCACAUACAAUACAAUACAUACAUACAUAGUAGUCUUACAUCCCCAACUUAAAUUUCACUUACGCAUCAUUCCCUCCCUCUUUUUGUAUCUCAAUCAUAUUUUCGUCUCUCAUGUCAGCAUCUCUUCUUUUGUAUUAAUGAAGGUUUGUAUAUUGAAACGGAAACUCUCCAGUCAACCAUUAUCGAUAGAGCCAUCCUUUCAGGAAACCCUUUUCCCUCCAAACUUCAAGUCCAGUUUACGAAAUCCUUCCAAGCUUUAAUUCAAGCUCAAUCAGUCUCAAGCUUCCUUCACUGUCAAGGGACUUUGUGCUUCACAGGACGACCGAACCCCAAUCGGAUCAUAGUCCUUCCUUCAAUUCAAUCGACGCUUUCAAUUUCAAAAGUUUUCUCUCUUGCGAAAAAAGUCAUUGAUUUGGCUCAUUGAAGAGUUCGUCAAUUUAAUACAUCUCCAUCGUCUUGACAACUCUUCCGAACCCUGCGAACACAGUCUUUACGAAGUAUUCAGAUUACUUAAACCGUCAUAUUCUUUACGUUUCUCAUCGACAAUUUAAUCUGCCGAGUCAACAUCAAAACUGUUAUUUAAACUAGCUCAUCUUGACGCGAUUACUAGCGUCAAAUUUGAUAUCAGGACAGACCUCAACAAGAGAGCUUGACUCGGAAUCAUACCAAUCUGCCAUCUCUCGUAUCAGAUCGAGAGAUUGUGGCAGACGGGAUAAUCUAUAAUGUCAAAUAAGAGAUCUGAUCAUCUCAACCUUGGCCAUUUACCCCAGCCAGCCGUCGGUUUCCCUCGCUCGGGCUCCUCAACUUCCAAUACAUCCCCCACAGAGGCUUCAAUCGGAGGCGCUCCCUUGAGAUCACCAUUUGGUCUACCGUUAAACUCCGCAGGCAAAAUGGCCAGUAAUACGCGGUCGGGAGCUGGUUCUCCAUCGCAUGAACUUGCUACACAACAAAGUGCCAACAGGUUAUUCCCCACAAAGAGGUAUGAUAACUCGAUUGAAAUUUAGUAUGAUAUAAUGGCUUAUUCCAUCAACUACAGGGCACGAGAGAUUCAAGCACAAGAAGGAGGGUUCAGUAAUAGCAAUGUAUGGGGACCUCCAACAAGUGGCAAUUCUACUCCGCUGCGGGAGACUAUCCUAGAGUCUCCCACGGAUGGCUUCCCCGAUUUUGCCCAAUUGCCAACGGUGGAAACCACGCCAGCACGACGAGCUCGUGCUGGCACACUUCCAUCUCGGUUUUCGUCUGGAGGACCUUUGAAUACAGGUCCAGGAAGUCUUGCAGCGAAGACGUCGAGACCCACACCGUCAUCGACUCCAUUCAAAUCUCCAUCGCCGAACCUCAAUGAUUUGGGUGAUCCGUCUACCAGCACGGGUUUGUUGAAUCGAUUACGUUCUGGUUCAACCCCUCAAAAUCCUCAAUAUAAAAGUUCGCCGUUUGGUCACUCGGGGCUCUUCACUUCAAGUUGGGGCUUGCCCUCGGGCGGCCGUGAUCGGACCUCGACUCUGCAAAGUAUUGCUAGCCAGUCGUCCAAUGGCCCUAGUUCACCCGCACAAUCUUCAUUCUCAAGGGAAGGAAACAAUGAUAACGAAAUCAGAACUCUUGAUUAUCUGGGCCUCGCGGAAACUCCACAACCUCCUCGCGCACAAUUGGUAAAUCCAUUGUUUGCCAAUAUCCUCGAUAUAAACAGGCAAUCAAAUCGUUUUCGCUCUUACUCUGUCAAUGCGAAGGAGAAAUAUGCCGAAGAUGAGGAGGAUGAUGACUAUGGUUCGGGUAGCAUGACACCAUACGAGCAGGCACAGGCAGCCCAGCAAGUUCAAUUGCAGAUGCAGAUGGCUGCCACCAAUGCUGCGAUCCAACAGCACAACCUUGCCGUCCAACAUUACGCCAGCCAAGCAAACAGACCGAGAGCUAGGACUGCCGGCGUUCUUGAUUCACCAAAUCCAUCAAGAUUACUUCGUGACUACUAUCCUUCAGCGUCUCGUCUUGGUAAUACCAUUACUGCCUCAGAGCUGAGAGAGGCGGAAGAGUUUGCAGCUCUUCCCGAAGCCGUCGCCGCGAUGACUCUAGGACGUUCGAACAGUCGAAAUGAACACCUCUCCCCUAACGACAACUUAGAGGGACCAACUAGUGCUCUUUGGCUCGGAAGCAUUCCAUCAUCAACCACCACCUCUACUCUCACAGAAAUGUUCAAAAUUCAUGGUCCAGUUCAGUCCGCAAGAGUUCUUACGCACAAGAAUUGUGGGUUUGUUAACUUUGAACACGUUGAUAGUGCCAUAACAGCAAAGGCAUUGAUGCAUGGAAAGGAAAUUUUCCCAGGAGCAGGACCAGUCAGAAUUAACUUUGCUAAGCCUGUAUCUCCAGCAACGACGCCAGGUCCUGAUGGAGCAUUCCCUUCUCCAAGCCCAGAUCCUUUCUCCAAGGGUCUCGACUCAGGGGCAAAUGCUACCGACACCAACGGUGCUCCUGGAGUCAUCUCAAGACCUGAAACUACUGAACCUCCUUCACCAAGGCUGAGGGACAUCAAGAACGACAUUUUGAAUAUUGUAUCCGAGUUUGGAGCCACCGCAGAAGACAAGGUUAAGAUUGGUCAAAGCCUGCAAUCAUCCAUCUCAUACGACAAAUGGCAGUCUGAGAUUCCAGCCAUCCCAGAACCCAGUCACAGCAGAGUUCACGAUGCUCCUAAGCUCAGAGACAUUAGAAAACGCAUUGACAACCAAAGCUGGUCACCAGCUGAGAUUGAAGCUAUCGCUAUGGAAAUGCUUGAGGAAGUUGCCGAGUUAUCAUCCGACUACUUAGGAAACACUGUUGUCCAGAAGUUAUUCGAACAUUGCUCGGAUGAUACUAGGGACCUUAUGCUUGAGCGCAUUGCUCCCCACAUGGCGGAGAUUGGUGUGCACAAGAAUGGUACUUGGGCUGCGCAGAAAAUCAUCGACGUAUGCAAAACCCCCAAGCAAAUGACUAUGAUAGUUCAGAAUCUUGCGCCAUAUACUGUGCCGUUGUUCCUUGACCAAUACGGAAAUUAUGUUUUGCAAUGCUGCUUGAAGUUUGGUUCACCUUACAAUGAUUUCAUAUUUGAGGCCAUGCUUAGCAAAAUGAAGCCUAUUUCCGAAGGACGAUAUGGUGCCAGGGCUAUGCGAGCUUGUUUGGAAAGUCACCAUUCGACCAAGGAUCAACAGCGAAUGUUGGCGGCCGCCAUUGCGUUACACAGUGUUCAAUUGGCUACUAAUGCUAAUGGUGCUUUGCUUUUGACUUGGUUUUUGGAUACUUGCACAUUCCCGCAACGUCGAUCUGUUCUUGCACCUCAACUCGUACCAAACCUCGUCCACCUUUGCAAGCACAAGGUAGCAUAUCUCACGGUCCUGAAAGUCAUCAACCAAAAGUUAGAGUCUGAUGCGCGCGAUCAAAUCUUUCAAGCAUUGUUCUUUUCAAAGGAUGACGAAACUCUCGAGGCUAUUUUAUCCGAUCAAGCUUGUGGUGCUACUUUGAUUUUUAAGGUACUUACCACUCCAUUCUUUGAUGAGUCAAUUCGAAGCAAGGUGGUUGAGAACGUUCGAAAUGUUCUGCUUCGCCUCAAGGCACAACCAGCACAAGGCUAUAAGCGCUUGAUGGAUGAGGUUGGAUUGUCAACUCGUAACGGUAGUGCCGGACCAAGCAGAGAGCAUAGUCAACAGCAAACGACUGAUCGCCCUCGACCUGGAUCACAACAAAGUCAGGCCAUUGGACAACAUGCACCUCAAUCACAAUAUGGUGCUAAUCAAUACUACCCACAAAUGCAACAAAAUCCACAAAUUCAGCAAAAUGCAUACGACAUGAGUAUGAAUAUGCAACGAACUGACAGCAUGGAUUCUAAUGUUACACCCUAUCAACAAUACGCACUUCCGAAUUCAAUGUUCCCACAAUCUACAGGCAUGAUGCAACCAAUGAAUAUGCAACAGUUGCAGUACCAAAACAUGGCACGAGGUACUCCUCCAAUUAACAGCUUCUACCCUGCCAUGCAAUCAGGGUUUGGUGCAUUUGGUACCCCACAAAUGACGGAUCAAUAUCGCGGAAUGCAAAACGCUAGUCCCAUUCAGCCACCAUCUCAACAAAUGAGCCCUAGCCCAAUGGUAGGACAAAACUCAUUUGGACCUCCUGGUUUCAAUAAUAUGGGAAUGGGAAUGGGAGCAUAUGGUUAUGGUGGUUUGCCUGUUAAUGGAAUGCAAAACUUGCCAUAUAUGCAACAAGAACAAGUUAACAGUCGACGUGGGAGAGUAAGUUAAAUCUUUUAGCCAGUAGGCGAUACAAUGCUAAUUCUGGUAGCAGAGAUAAAUGCACAUAUUAAGAAAAAAAGUUGUACCCACUUAGUGGCUAGAUUUCGCUUCGUCUUCAUCUUUCCUCCGAUUAGGGAUCAAGUGUGAUUGCUUCUACUUCUUGUCUAAUCUUGAUUUUGGGCAUACUCGAUGUGAUCUUUGCAAAAGUUUUAUGGCGUCUGGUAUACUGGGUGCUUUUUUUUCUAUUCUACGAACGAUCAAUCACUUCCUACCCUUCACGACCAUUAUCAAAUUUGGUGGAGACAGAUGAUUUUGCCCCGGUGACCAAAAUCAUAUUCUGACAGACCAAUUUUAUGUUCAUGUAUACAACACAAUUCCGUUCAUGUUCAUAAAAAAAUUCAUGAGAGUGAGGAUUCUUUCAGCGGUAUUUAUUUCUUUUAGUUCUGCUAUGUUGCAAACUUUGAGGUUUGAGCAGACAAUGUAGCGAUUGUUAUUUCUUCUAUGAUGGAUGAAUGAGUAACGAGGGGUUAGGAAGGAAAGGAUUUUAAGGCGAUCGGACGGAUUGAUGAUUUGGAGAGAUGAUGAUGGGAUGAUGAAUGAGGAUGACUUGGGUUGCAACACCCAUUUCAUCAAAAGGUGUGUGGGAUGUUUUCCCGCAGGGUGUGUGAAACAGAUAUUGAGAGACCAAUAAAUGAUGUGCUAUACACGAGAUCAUUUAUCUCUCAAUAUCUAUCCAGCGAUUUAGCUACCAUAGCUAAAAAUGAGUCUUGAUAGACAUGAACCAGCACUUGCUAGACAGGAAUCUAGUGCCUGUUAGAUCACGAGCUCGAAACAAAUGAAAAGACAAACAUGUAAAAUGAAGCUGGGCGGGUAUAGCUAGGAUAUGAUGUGGUGGAAUUGGAUGGGAUGGCGCAAUGAAAGGACGGUGUUUGUUUUUAAGAAAUCCAGAAAAAAAAAAU